CUCAUACUACUCGGGUCAAUCUUUCCACGUUUGCAACCUGGAUUGCUCCCAUCAUCGAUUACAUCACUGAAGCUUGGAGACCUACUCGAUCCACCGACGCCUGGAGAUCUACCUUCAUCGAUCAUAUCACUUGAGUUUGGCAGUCGCUUCAAUUAUGCGAUUGGUGUGGGCGUGCUGCCCUCAUCACUCCAGACGCUACGCUUUGGCCUCAAUUACAAUCAACCAAUCAAUCCUGGUGUGCUACCACAAUCACUCCAGUCAUUAUACUUUGUCGGCCAAUUCAAUCAACCGUUUGGCCUGAACGUACUUCCACCGCAACUGGCCACACUCUCACUGAUGUCGAAAUACGAUAAAGAUUUCAUUCCUGGAUCUUUGCCCAACAGCCUGGUCACGCUUGCCUUUGGCAACUAUAGAUGGAUUUAUCUCCAUGCGUUGUCAACAUCACUCACCUCUCUGACAUACGAGAGCAAGGAUGUGUUCACAGUGUACGACACUUAUAAAUAUGAUCCUAUACAAGUCUCGUGGCCCCAAUCACUCCAAACACUGGUCGUUGGCAAUCUGUGGCAUCAUGGUGAUAACCAUGAUUUUAUAUUUCCUCCGCAGCUUCAUGGACAUCAGCCCCUACCAUCAAGUUUGACAUCACUGUCAAUUCAACUUGAACACCAACAACAUCUUGCAUUAUUGUCACAGGCAUUGACACGCCUCGACCUUGGCCAUCAGUACGACUGUCCGAUCCCACCUGGAUCAUUGCCAUCGUCACUUGUCCACCUCACAAUUGGAAAUUCAUUCAACCAGGUAUUGCCAGAGGGUGCGCUGCCAGCAUCGCUGGUCGACCUUUCAUUGGGUGAUAAGUUCAACCAUGCAAUGCCAACAGGAGUGUUGCCGCCAACCCUGACAUCACUAAGUCUUGGACGUGAUUACAAACAAUCUGUGAAGCAAACAUCAUUGCCUGGAACACUUAAAAUACUUUCAGUGGACUUGAGGACACAGGACAAGUACUUCACAUCACCACCAUCAUCAUCAUCUGAGUGUGGCCUUGAGCUAUUUGAGAUAAGGUCACUCUUUAUUUGGCAGCUCUUGGCACCCAAGAGCAAAGGUCGUGCAACCAAGGUGAUGCGAACCAAACAAUAUCUGACACAUAGAAAAUUCGAUCGGUCCAAAGAUGUCGCAGAAAUGGUCGUGUCAUUCCCCAAUGUACAUACGUUCGAUGUCAACUUCUAUCUACCAAACAAAAACCAUUCUUUUGAGCAGAUAUUGCUCCAAACCCAAAUGCGCAGGAUCAACGAACUCCUAGUCAUAUGCCUUUAUAACAACCUA